GGCAGCUACUCUAAUCUGCAGAACAAAACUCUCUUUCUCUAACCACCCACCCCAACCAUCAGCACCACUGCAUUGCCCAUGCCGCCUCCAUUACAUAGGCAGUAGUAACAGUGACUGUUCUUUCUAUCUCACUCCUCCCAGUUACUUACAGUCCUAAUCCUCUCUCUCUCUCUCUCCUCUUUUGCAAGAUCUCUUCUUCUUCUGCUCUUUUCCCUUUUAACUCCACCCCAAUCUCUCUUUUGUCACGAGUAGAGGAGCAAAAGCAAGGACACCAUCAACAAAAGAAGGACGCAGCUUGGGCAAAGCUCAGAUUCCCGUCUAUUUUACCACCCUCCCCACCGAUUCACCGGCGCAAGAUCCAUCCCCAGGUGUCGGCAGACCGCAAUCCCCGCGAAAGAUGGCGCCUUUCUGAGGCUCCCCGGGAUUUUUCAUCGUUUCGUGGCCCCAAAGGCGGCAGCUUCCAGCGGUUCCUGCCAUCCCCGGCCGAUUCUGCUGAGGUGGCGGCAACUGGUUUUAGGGCUCGAUCCGGUGUGCGCGGGUGCAUCUGGCCCGGUUAGGAGCGGUUCUUGAUGAGUUCUUGAGCUCGCUGAGGCGCUUCUCCCUGUUCUUGGAGUUGUUGGAUUGGUUUUGGGGGAGCUGGUUCUUGCUAACGAGGGUCCAGCGAGCUGUUUCUGUGGUUCUUGUGGUGGAUUUUUUGAAUUCGAUUGGGGGAGAUGGGGUGCUUGCGGUUCCUGGAUUGAACAUUUUGAUCGAAUUCUUGCGGGUUUCCAUGGCGGAUUUUGGGCUGUGGAAGCAGGGGUGGAGGUGGGUGCUGUCCCAGAAGCACAUCCUGGCGUGGGCGCACGCCGCGGCGUGCGGCAGCAGGGAGCGGCUGACCUUCCUGGUCGAUCGGCAUUGGCCGGCUGUGUCCCGGGCCUGCGUGAGCUCCUCACGCCUCGCGCUCUCGGCGCUGCGGCAAUGGCGUGGCUGUAUGGCGAGGGGGGUGUUGGAGGUGGCGAGCCUGGGCCCUGCGGCGGUGUUCCUGAUCCUGUGGAGCUUCUUCGUGUGCAUGACCUCGCCGGCGUGCGCUCUCUACGCGCUCCUUAGCCUGGGAGCUGCUGGUGCAGUCAUUCACUAUAUGGGCUAUACGCCUGGCCUUUUCAUUGUAGGGAUGUUUGGAAUAUUGAUUAUGUGGAUGUAUGGCUACUUUUGGAUUACAGGAAUGCUUCUGGUUGCUGGAGGUUGUAUGUGCUCUUUGAAACAUGCCCGAUAUGUGAUACCUGUUUUGACUACAUAUGCUAUUUAUUGUGUGGCUGUUCGUGUUGGAUGGCUUGGAGUUUUCUUGUCACUCAAUCUUUCUUUCUUGACAAAUGAUCUUCUGAAUAAGUUACUGCAAGUAUACGAGGGAAGUACAGAAGAAAUACAAUUUGAAAAAAUGAAGGAUUCUGAUCCAGUCAUGGAUGAUUUCUAUCGUAGUUGUGAAUUUCCUGCGGCUCCUGACAGUGAACCUGAGACCGUAUCUUCUGCAAAGCCAUAUUGCUCAGCACCCACCCAAGAUGUGGUACAUGUACAAAAAGAGGAGUCUCCUAGUAAAGUAGUGAAAUCUGAUUCUAGUUCAUUGGAUGAGAUGAAGAGGAUAAUGGAUGGUUCAACACAUUAUGAAGUUCUGGGCAUCCCUCGUAAUAGAAGCAUCGAUCAAAAGAUCCUGAAAAAAGAAUAUCACAGAAUGGUCCUGCUUGUACAUCCUGAUAAAAAUAUGGGACAUCCAUUGGCUGAUGAAUCAUUCAAAAAGCUUCAAUCAGCAUAUGAGGUCCUCUCAGAUUUCACAAAGAAAAACAGCUAUGAUGAACAACUGAGGAAAGAAGAAUUGCGGAAAAUGACGCCGAGAUCACGCGUUGUCUCUCAACAGAGCGGGGUAGAAUUUCUCUCCGAAGAGUCCAGGCGUAUACAGUGCACUAAGUGUGGUAAUUUUCAUAUAUGGAUAUGCACCAAAAGAAGCAAAGCAAAAGCCAGAUUCUGUCAGGAUUGUUCUCAGUAUCAUCAAGCCAAGGAUGGAGAUGGAUGGGUUGAAAAUAGAUUUCAAACAUCCUUGAAGAUGGAAAUACCAAGGGCUUUUGUUUGUGCGGAGAGCAAAAUAUUUGAUGUGUCUGAGUGGGCUACCUGCCAGGGAAUGGAGUGCAAACCUAACACUCAUGGUCCAACUUUUAUGGUAAACAUGGUUGGUGCAGAUAGGAUGCCCCAGAGAUCCUACAGUUCUCGGUAUCCCUUCAGCUUGGACGCUGAGAUGAUCCCUGAAGAUGAAUUUGAGCUGUGGCUUCAGCAGGCAUUGGCAUCAGGCGUCUUUGCUGACAGCCCAAAACGCAGGAAAAGCUGGAGUCCCUUCAAACUGCCUCAAAAAGGGAUUAAAAGUUGGCGGAGAUCAUCUUAAGGGUAUGGCAUUAUGUAUCAGGGGCCUCGAGUGACUACAACAUUGGAAAGAAGGCAAAUAAUACAAGGCUUCAUGAAUGUAAAUAGACUGACCAAGAAUUUGCCUGGAUUGGCAACUAAUUUUUGUUCGAAAGGAGGAACAGGACGUAAAAGGAACACUUAAAUGAAUAGGUGCAGUGACUCACUGUUGAAAUUGGUUCUCUCUGCAACAUCCCAAGAGUUUUAUCGGAAAAUAUGCUGGGAUGGUAUGCUAUUCAUUCUAUGAUCAAAACAUGGGUAGCUCUGUGGCGUGUUAAUUUCAGUAGUUUAAGGAUAAAUGCCGAAACAUCAUGCCUGGACUGGACAAACGUUGAAAAGUUCAUGACCGCAUUGUUGGAGCAAUUCUGCAGGCAUUGAAGGGAUGUUCAUGCCAAUCAAAGUAAUUUCUGGCCUAAUCUUUCUGGGGAACAGAAGGAAAUAAGUGAAAAGGAUAGUAGAGACUAGCUGUAAAUACACUAAAAGAUCCCAUCAGGAAUUUACUGCUUGUAACAUUAUACACUGAUUAAAUCCUGUGAAAAACUCCCAUAAUCCAGGUUGGUGCUGUAGUAGGCUGAGCUCGCUCUAUAACGUUCUGGUGAUAAUAGAGGUCUAAUUUUCUCC